UUUUAUUUCUUCUUUUUGUUUUUGUUUUUUCCUAAAGGAAACAGCAGUUAAAUGAACAUAAUAUCUUCCAUUAUUGUUAUUAUUUCCCACAGUGACGCACGCGACAUUUCGACCACCGGCAAUCAAGUGUGUAGUUCCUGUGUAUAGAUCAGGGGGGCGUUGUGAGCAAAACACCAUCUCACGCGUUCAGCACAUAAACAGCACAUAAUUACAAGGGGAUUACAGACAUUUUCCUGCAGGCAUGUCUACACGUUCUCAACCGCUCCUGCUUGUUCUUGUAGUCUUCUGUAUCGGAUGUGUGUAUUUGUACGCGCUGAUUCAGAACAUGCUGUAUGAACACGACGCCGCUAGCCUUCGAUCUGGAGGGGUUUUAUCUUACCCCAUGUCCAACGACAUCGCGGGAAAUGAUUCCGAGCUGGGAUCACGACUUCAAGAGAUCAGAAGAGAGACUUCGGGAAGUGAAUUGGGGGCGGUUGAUAUACUCAGUCAAUUUUCCAAUCAAAGUGCCGAUUCAGUUAACAUGAUUCAAGACUUUGAUGCGUUGAGGGUGCGGGAUUUAAAAAAGAUAUUGUUGCUCCAAGCGAUCGACGAAGUGGAGGAGAGCGUGGCUAAAGAUGCCGCGGUUGAUUCGUCAUUAGGUGCCGGGGUUAGCCCUCCGGGUCUUCAAUCACGAAAGGAACUGGAAAAAGCAAAUGAGGAGAGUGCCAUUGAGGGAAGAAGUAGGCAAGAAAAAGUGUCUGGGAUGGAACCUAUUGUGUCAUUCCAUGUGUCAAGGGGAGACACGGAAGGUGAAAGACUGAGAAAGUCACCGUACAUCUACAAUGAGGAAAUGGAAAGAAAAAGAUUCUCCGAGCCCGUAGUCCAGGCAUCGAUAAAGUAUAUCUCAGCUGUUAUUCCAAAGGACAAAAAUUUGUUUUCCAAAUCGUUUUCCUAUUGCCGCUACAACCAGUGUGGGUAUACCAAGGAUAUGAGUAGAGCGGACGCUGUGCUGUUUCGGGCGUCCACAGUUCGAGACCAAAAAAUGCCAAACCACCGCCGACCGCGGAAGCAAAGAUGGGUCAUCACAACAAUCGACCCAGUGGCCAAAAACUACCCCCUGUUCCGGCCUGACGUCGUGUCCAGCUUCAACUGGACAGCCACCUACCAGCUGGGCGCGGACAUCCCGAGGCUGCUGGGACAGUUGAAGUCUCAGGAACCAGAUCCACACAAACAAUACGGUAAGAUCUACGACGGCAAGACUGAGCUCCUGGCUUGGUUUGUGAGCCACUGCGAGACCCGGUCACAGAGGGAGCAGUACGUUCUGCGCAUGCACAAACUGACCCCCGUCCAUGUGUUUGGCCGGUGUGGGACGCGGAAGUGUGGCCAGGCGCAGCACUCCAGAGCCAGUGACCAGGACCUUUGUCUGCCCAUGUUGACCAGAAAAUACAAGUUUUAUCUGGCGUUUGAAAACGCUUUCUGCAUCGAUUACAUCACCGAAAAAUUCUUCAAGAUUUUCCAUGAUGUUGACGUCAUUCCUGUGGUCCGCGGGGGGUUUGACUAUAAGCGAUACCUGCCUCACGGGGUUUAUGUAGAUGCGGCGGAUUUUGAGGUGGACUUUCCAGCGCCAGGAGCCAUUCCACUGUCAACUGUGUGAAAAGCUUCAUCGCAAUACCAGCACGGGACAUUACGAAAACCUGCAGAAAAGUGUAAAAGGUACGGAGUUGGACCCCCAAUGUUGGGCGCCCACAGACUUGACAAAUGAGAAGUCGAGAAAAGCAGGACGUCACUAAUCACGUGAGGUGCAAGACAUGCGCUUUCGUGGUGCAACACAAGCUUGAAUAGACCUAAUAUUUAUCUUG